AUGUCGUUGGUAGAUAAAAUCAAGGAAAUCGAAAAUGAGAUGGCCAAAACCCAAAAGAACAAGGCCACCUCUUUUCACUUGGGUCAGUUGAAGGCUAAGCUUGCAAAGCUCAAGCGUGAUUUGCUCACACCCUCCAGUGGUGGUGGAGGUGGACCCGGUGUUGGUUUCGAUGUUGCAAAGACUGGUGUUGCUCGUAUUGGUUUUGUUGGUUUCCCCUCUGUUGGUAAAUCAACUCUCAUGUCUAAGCUUACUGGCACUGCUUCUGAAGUAGGUGCUUAUGAGUUUACAACCCUUACAACUGUGCCCGGUAUUGUUCAAUAUAAGGGUGCGAAGCUCCAAAUUCUUGAUCUUCCCGGUAUCAUUGAAGGUGCCAAGGAUGGUAAGGGCAGAGGUCGUCAAGUCAUCGCCGUUGCUCGUACAUGUUCGCUCAUUUUCAUUGUACUCGAUGUACUCAAACCCAUGACGCACAAGAAAUUGAUUGAAAAGGAAUUGGAAGGUUUCGGUAUCAGACUCAACAAGAAGCCUCCUGCUAUCAUCUUUAAAAAGAAGGAGAAGGGCGGUAUCAACAUGUCCAACACUGUUCCUCUCAACAAUAUUACAUUUGACGAAGUCAAGGCCGUUCUAAGCGAAUACCGUAUUCACAAUGCCGAUAUUUCGUUCAAGGAGGAUGCCAGCAUUGAUGAUCUUAUUGACGUUGUUGAAGGCAACCGUAUUUAUAUUCCCGCCGUCUACGUUCUCAACAAAAUCGAUCAAAUCUCUAUUGAGGAAUUGGAUCUCAUUUACAAGAUUCCUAACGCUGUGCCUAUUUCUUCCAAUCACGAGUGGAAUUUCGAUGAACUAUUAGAAGUGAUGUGGCAGAAGUUGAACCUCGUUAGAAUCUACACCAAGCCAAAGGGUCAAUUACCAGAUUACGAGCAACCUGUGGUCAUGACACACGAAAAGGCAACUGUUGAAGACUUCUGUAACAGUAUUCACAAGUCUAUUAUGGAUCAAUUCAAGUGUGCAUAUGUUUGGGGUGCUUCAGUAAAGCACAACCCUCAAAAGGUGGGUAAGGAACACAUUCUCAUGGAUGAAGAUGUUGUUCAAAUUGUCAAAAAGGUCUAG